UGAGCGGGGCUCCUCAGCGGCGGCUGGAGUCGGUACGUCCUUGCCCGAGCUCAUUGGCCGAGACGUUUGGCAGCAAACCCCAGCUCCAAAAUUUGGAAAUACUGCACAUCUAGUUGGCUCCAAAUUGUAAACCACAGGAUGAGUAUUCAGUGGGCAUGAGAGAUUGAGAACAUCCUACCACACCAUAAACCUUGGUGAAGAUCACUUCCUUUUCUGUGGAUUGAAGCCAGAGAGCACAAUGAGUACAAGAAAUCCUCAAAGAAAGCGGCGUGGUGGAACUGUAAAUUCUAGACAAACCCAGAAGCGAACUCGGGAAACAACUUCAACCCCUGAGGUUUCCUUGGAAACAGAACCCAUAGAACUUGUGGAAACUGUUGGAGAUGAAAUCGUGGACCUCACCUGUGAAUCUUUAGAGCCCGUGGUUGUGGACCUGACUCACAAUGACUCUGUUGUGAUUGUUGAAGAAAGGAGAAGGCCAAGGAGAAAUGGGAGGAGGUUGCGCCAAGAGCAUGCUGACAGCUGUGUGGUGAGCAGUGAUGAUGAGGAGCUGUCUAGGGACAAAGAUGUGUACGUGACUACCCAUACUCCUCGAAGCACCAAGGAUGAUGGAGCUACUGGACCCAGGCCCUCAGGUACCGUCAGUUGUCCUAUCUGUAUGGAUGGAUACUCUGAGAUUGUGCAGAAUGGGCGUCUCAUUGUUUCUACAGAAUGUGGCCACGUCUUCUGUAGCCAGUGCCUCCGUGAUUCCCUUAAGAAUGCUAACACUUGCCCAACUUGUAGGAAAAAGAUCAACCAUAAGCGGUACCACCCCAUUUAUAUAUGAAAUGUUCACAAUUGCUCAGGAUAGACCAAUGGACAGACAGCCAGGCUGGCUUUUUCUGCAUGGUAUCUGCCUCCAGUUUCCUGAGCUCAAAAAGACUUUCAAAAAUCAA